UCCAAUUCGAGAGACACUGUUCUAAGUAAAUACAUGGUAACGUACACAAUCGAAUCAAUUACUUCGUAAACGUCAUUAUUGUAACUCGGUAAAUGCUACUAAACGUAAUUGCACGUGUUUGAAAUGCAAAUCUAGUGAUUUCAAUUAUUCGAGACACGAAAUGUAUUAUAGUUUUCUUAUAGUAUUAGGUUGUCCCGUAAGUUUCUUUCGCGAGUUGCACUCAAUUAUUUAUGUGGUCGUGUUUAUAUAAAUAGACAAUCUAAUUUCAUAGAUAUUCAUGUUGUAACAGUAAUGGAGCAAAAUGAAUCGUGCACAAUUCAGUAAUGUAACAUAAAGCAUAAAAUAUUGUGCAUGUAUUACUUAUUAAUAAAGUGAAAGAAACUUUUCGGACAACCUAAUAGUUUACUGUAUUCAAAUUUUCUUAUUAAUCGUAUUUGAAAUGAAUUAAAAAAUUUCAAAUAUCUGUUACUCGCGUAGAUACUUAUAUAUAAUCUCAGUUUGAACAGUCGUUUUUAUGUUAUUUUACAGAACAAAGCUAUCUUAACGCACAGUUUUACACAUAAUAUUUAAAAUUCGUAUAAAAAUGACAGUUUUUGUGGAAAAUAUACGAGAAAUAUACAUUUUUUUCAAUCGUUUUCAUAGAAAUGUAUAGCACUAGUUUUUUAUGCAAAUCGGAACUAACAUGCUUGAAGGUAGCUGCUGGUAGCUGCUGACACCUUCGACUAUAUCGACGUGGAUUAUACUCUGUGGUUAUCGUGGCUUUUAAUGCCGCUUCUAGUAACAUUUUUACUUCCACUUGUGAUCGUUGUAUUACUAUAUUUGACUGCAUUAAUAUUAUACGUGUAUAAAUUACAUAGAGGUAGACUAAGAAAUGCAUAUGGAACUGACUGGAGGAAUGCAGCUCGUAAUGUGGUAGCUGCAGUUUGGGAUGCUCAUGGUUGGAUUUGGUAUGGCUAUGAAGUAGUUGGUCUGGAAAAUAUACCAGAAAAUGUACCGGUGCUUUUUGUAUAUUAUCAUGGAGCCAUUCCAAUAGAUCUUUAUUACCUUAUAGCUAAAGUGUUACUCCUAAAUUCAAGAUUAAUUCAUACAGUAGCUGACAGAUUUCUUUUUAAAUGUCCUGGAUGGUCCAUAAUUUCUGAUGUACUGAAAGUUGUUCCUGGUACACUUCAAACAUGUUCUACUAUUUUAAAAGAAGGGAACAUGCUCGCUAUUUCACCCGGCGGUGUAUACGAAGCUCAAUUUGGAGAUUCUUAUUACCAAUUGAUGUGGAAGAAAAGAGUAGGUUUCGCAAAGGUUGCGUUAGAUGCUAAAGUGUGCAUAAUACCUUUAUUUACAAAAAAUGUUAGAGAAGCAUUUAGAACGAUAAGUUGGGGUAGAAGAAUAUGGUUGAGAAUAUAUGCUGCAACAAGGUUUCCUUUUGUACCAAUUUAUGGCGGCUUUCCAGUCAAGUUAACAACGUACAUUGGUAAACCAAUCCCAUACGAUGGCAGUCUUACACCUGAAGAGUUACAAUUAAAGGUUGCUGAUGCACUUAACAAUCUGAUAGCACAACAUCAAAGAAUACCUGGAAGUAUAUCAUUAGCUUUAUUAGAAAGAAUAUACAACGUAGAAAGAAAACAAUCGUAGAUUCAAUGGUCACAUUGAGUAUUAUGAUAUUAAGGUGCUGAUUAUUUUAUAUUAAUUAUUGAUAUUGAUAAUGUUUUAAGUGGAAUUGGUGUAAGUUAAAGAACAUUCAGAAUAAUGAAAUUGUACUUAUGUUUGAAGUAUAAAAUUCUUCCUUUUCCACUUAAUCGUUAAGUAGAUAUUUCGCAAAUUUCGAUGAUAGAAACUUUGAUGAUAGAAAUUAAUGAUUUAACAGUGCAAUACCAAUUUGAAUACAUUUUAUAAUAUAUAUAUAAUAAUAUAAAUAAUUUAUAUAUACAAUUUAUUUAUAUAAUUUUUAUAUAUUUUUAAUUUAUUCUACACGCAUCUUAAGUUAAUUUUCACUAUCAGAUAUCUCGUUACUAUAAGUAUAACUCAACAAAUUAAAUAAGACUCGUGAAGUUGAGAUUAUAUCCUUGUUUCUUCCACUCCUAUAAUCAUUUUCACGUUUAGAUAACACCCAAUAACUAGAUUACCACCAACUACUUCAUAUUUAAGCCACUCUUUCGAGAGUCUUAUUAAACUUGUUAAGCGAUACACUAAAAAAAUAUUGUUUGUUAUGUGCUCGUCCAGUAUAUUUAUGAUCCAUCAACGAUUCCAUAUAAUAUUGAACAUGUACUUAUCUAAGUUAUCUUAUUGACUAAUUUUAUACACGAAAGUUAUAAUAAAGUUUAUAAAUCCUAUACUUUUUUUUCAAAACGUCAUUUCUACAUCUUGAAAGCUUAAUUUAUUAACGUUAUUCGUUUUGUAAAAGGCUGUACGUCGAAUUUGCCGCGAACGGAAGUGUUUACAUCGAUCGUUGAGCGUUAACGGAAGCUGUGAAACAGCAGCGAACCUGUUGGCGGCUUUUUCCAAUUAAAAUUUAUUUUCUCGCUUUCGAAGUUGAUGGUCAUUUAGGAAAAAAUAAGAAUUUAUUAGCUUUUGAUACCAGAAGGUUCAGUAUUUUGUGCGUCGUGUCCGGUAUACAUUUCAUUGUUUUUUC